AUGGCUAAAGGAUCCCAACUAUCGCAAUUAAAAGCGGCCAUCUCGCAAUCUGGCAUCGUAAAGCCGCCACAGAAUGGUAAGAAACGGAAACGUGCGCAGAACGAGGAAAAGGACAAGGAACGACGUGCCGCAAAGUUACAGGAGAUCCAGCAGAAGUUCAAUCCUUUCGACGUCAAAGUCACGAAGCUCAAGCACGAUGUCGGUGGCAGAAAGCUGAAAGGUGUCGUCGGAAAGCCGGCACAGAGCAAGCAGGCUGGGAUCGAGCAGCGCAAAAAAACUCUGUUGAAAGAGUUUGAGGAAAAGGAUCGUGCGGGUGGAAUUGUUGACCGACGAUUCGGUGAAAAUGAUCCCACCAUGACGCCGGAAGAGCGUAUGCUUGAGCGAUUUACAAAGGAGAGGCAACGUUCUUCUAAAGGCGUUGCAUUCAACCUCGACGACGAGGACGAGCUCACCCAUUACGGCCAAAGCUUGUCCAAGCUAGAUGACUUUGACAAUACAGGGUUGACUCUUGAUGAUGAGGAGGAUGAAGGUGCCACAGGUCAAAUUGACAGUCAGACCGUGAACCGAGCACAUUUCGGUGGAUUUGACGAAGAAGACGAAGACGAAGAUGGACCUGAAAGAAAGAAGUCAAAAGCCGAAGUUAUGUCUGAAGUCAUUGCUAAGAGUAAGGAGCAUAAGGCUCAACGGCAAAUGGACAAGGAGAAAGACGAGAACAUUCGUCAUGAACUCGACCAAGAGCUUGACUCCAUUCGUUCCCUUCUCAUGGCUCCAGAUCCUCUAUCAGCCGCUCUCGAACGACCCAUACCCUUAAAAGAAGCCGCAUCAGACGCGAAGCAAAAUCAUGACUUGGAAUACGAUCAGUAUGUCCGCGAAUUGGUGUUCGACAAGCGUGCCAAGCCUAAAGACCGCACGAAGACCGAGGAGGAGUUGGCAGUCCAAGAGAAGGAGGCUUUGGAGAAGGCUGAGCGGAAGAGGUUGCGGAGGAUGCGUGGAGAUGACGAGGAAGAGAGCGACGAGGAAGGGAGGGGUAAACGGAAGCGGGCGAGAGGUGGAGAUGACUUGGAGGAUGAUUUCAUGGACGAAGACGGAGACUUGGGGGGUCUAGGUGCGGGUCUAGGAGCGGGCGUCGGGGCAGACGACGAUGAAGCGCAGGAUGACGAGGAAGAAGAAGAAGAAGAAGAAGAAGAAGAUGAUGAUGAAGAUGAUGAGGAUGAGGAUGAGGAAAGUGGCAGCGAAGAGGAUGAGGAUGGUAGUGGCUCUGAGGGGUCUGACGAUUUGGAUGAGGCAGCUGGUUCGGAAGGCGAACAGGCAGACCUCAUUUCGGUAAAAUCAUCAAAAGCAAAAAAGGUCGCAUCGACUUCUAAACGAAAGGAAUUACCCUUCACCUUCCCCUGGCCAUCGUCACACGAAGAGUUUUUGGAUAUCAUCGAGGACAUUGAGGAUAGCGAUGUACCUACGGUCGUGCAGCGGAUACGAGCCUUGUACCACCCAAGUUUAGGUGUCGACAACAAGUUCAAGUUACAGGGUUUCGCAGGCGUCCUAAUCGACCACAUUCUCUAUCUGGCGUCACCACCCACUCCUCGAUUUUCCUCCAUCUCCAGCAUUACUCCUCAUCUAUUUGCCUUGACAAAAACAUACCCUAUCCAGUCGGCCGAACAUUUCAACGCCAAACUCUCGUUGAUGCAGAAAAACCUUAGACAUGGACUGUCUCAAGGCACCGACUCUACAACAGCAAAGACAUGGCCUGGCUUGCCAGAGCUCGCGCUGCUUCGAAUUGCAGGAGCUCUCUGGCCUACAAGCGAUAUGAACCACGCCGUUGUUACUCCUACUCGACUGCUUAUGGGCUCGUACCUCGGUCUCUGUCGCGUGCGAUCAAUACAAGAUAUCGCAUCCGGUCUUUUCCUCUGCACCCUAUUCCUACAGUUCGAGGAGUUAUCGAAACGUUUUGUCCCAGAGGCCGUCACCUUCGCAAUCAACACCGUCUUACAUCUAGCUCCUCACAAUUACCACGACGCUGCAUCAUUACCUGGAUCUUUCCCCACACCAGAUUUCAAGUCUGAGCGUUCGACUGCUCUCUCCUUGGACACGAAGAAGGCGAAACAGCUCACUGUCGGCUCGCCUGACCUUCCUCGAAUUCUGGCGGGAGCAUCCAGCGACGAACAGUCCAAGCUCAACCUGCUCUCGCUCGCACUCGACCUGCUCUGCCGAUUCGCUGAGAUGUACAAAGAUCUGGACGCCUUCGUCGAGUUGUAUGACCCGAUUCUCCAGGUAUUGGAAAACGUCAAGGCAAAGAAACUAUGCGACGACCUACAGACCCAGCUCUCUCAGAAAACGGACAUGCUUCGCCGUCUCCUCAAGUUCUCCCGUCAAGCCCGCCAGCCUCUCCUCCUCCAAGCUCACAAACGCAUCCCCAUCCCCUCCUUCAUUCCCAAAUUCGAAUCCUCCUCUUCAUCCUACCUCCGUGCUCGCGAUCCGGACUUCGAGAAGAACGAGGCCUCGAAGCUUCGGAAGCAGUACAAGGAGGAGAGGAAGGGCGCGAUCAGAGAGUUGCGGAAGGAUUCGCGGUUCCUUGCGGGCGUGGAGCAGAAGAAGCAGCAGGAGAAGGAUCAGGCAUAUAAUAUGCGCAUGAAGAGGGUGUAUGGGGGUAUUGAAGGGGAGAGGGCGGAGGAGAAGGCUUUGGAGAGGGAGAAAGCGAGGGAUAAGCGGAGAGCGGGUAGAAAGUGA